AUGCAAGGCGUCGUAAGGACGCUCGCCCAGCGGUCUAUACGGCCCUCACAGGCACUUAGACCAUCUUUAUAUCGUACAUGGCCAGCUAUUGCUCGCUACAACUCGACAACACAGGGCCCACGGACGCCAAGCUCCGCAACUCCAACGACACCGACAGCAUCAGCGGUCAACACGGAGCCAAAUCAGAGUACACAGACAAAGAGACGAUGGUCUGGAUUGCGCAUCACGCUCCUUGUCGCAAAAUAUACAGGGUUUCUGAUUGGCAGUGCGGCAGUUGGCGUGUUGCUCAUUGGUGCCGGAGUCUUCGUCCAUGACGCUUUCACCUAUUCAGAACGACAUUUGGACAGAGUCCCUGUGUCUCCACUCGCGUUAAACCCAAAACGUGGAGGUCCCAAGAACCUACCGAUUGCAGAAGUCACUUUGGAAGACGAAGAAAACGAAGAGAGUAUCAAGAUUGCCGGUAAACCACGAUUGGUCAUCAUUGGAGGUGGCUGGGGAGCCAUUGGUUUACUUAAGACACUCAACCCAGGGGAUUAUCAUGUUACAGUCAUUGCUCCAGAAACCUUUACGACAUUCACACCUUUGCUCCCCUCUGCCGCAGUUUCGACGGUUCAGGUUCGCUCUCUGAUCGAGCCGAUACGAAAGAUUAUUGCGCGCGUUCGUGGUCACUUCCUCAACGGAUAUGCUGUCGACCUGGUCAUGAGCGAACAAUUGGUUGAGGUGGAGACUGUAGCCUCCGAUGGGAUGAAGAAGCGUCUCUAUGUUCCAUACGACAAGCUCGUUAUCGCGGUCGGCAGCGUGUCUUCAACUCAUGGUGUCCCUGGAUUAGAACACUGCUUCCAACUCAAGACUAUCAAUGACGCUCGGAAUAUCAAGCGACGCCUCUUUGACAACUUUGAGACUGCAUCACUGCCAACGACUACCCCUGAGGAGCGAAAGCGUCUCCUCACGUUUGUAAUCUGCGGUGGUGGCCCAACUGGUGUAGAGACAGCGGCGGAAAUCUAUGAUUUGUGCCAGGAAGACAUUGUCAACUACUUCCCCAAGAUCUGUCGAAAGGAGGUCGAGAUCUACGUCAUCCAGUCUCGGGAUCACAUUCUGAACACUUAUUCGGAAAGCAUAUCCAAGUAUGCAGAACAACGGUUCAAUCGUGAUGGUAUAAGCGUGAUCACAAACGCUCGUGUCAAGGAGGUUUGGAAAGACAAAGUCGUCUAUACUAUCCGCGCAGAGGAAAAGGACAAGGACGGAAAAGUGGUCAAGGUCAACAAGGAAGUGUCAGUUCCGAGCAACUUUGUUCUUUGGUCCACCGGUAUUGCUAUGAAUCCGUUCACAAGAAGAGUAUCCGACCUAUUGCCAAACCAAGUUCACAAGAAGGCUAUUGAAGUGGACGCUCAUCUACGAGUUGUCGGGGCUCCGCUCGGCACUGUUUAUGCACUCGGAGAUGCGGCUACGAUUGAAACAUCCGUCGUCUCCCACAUUCUCGAACUAGUCGACGAAGCUGACAAGGAUAAAGAUGGAAGGAUUGACUACAAUGAAUGGCAGAUAAUGGUCGCUCGGAUUAAGAAGAAGAUUCCAAUGGCCGGCCCACAUUUGGAAAAAGUUCGCGAUCUUUUUGAACGCUAUGAUAUCGACCACGACGACAGCCUCACGAUCAACGAGGUGGCCACCUUGCUUGCUGAAUUGGGAAACAAGAUAACGAGCUUACCCGCUACUGCGCAAGUGGCAUCGCAACAAGGGAAAUACCUGGGCCACAAGCUAUCGAAGAUUGCACGUAAAGAGGCCAUUCUUGCUGCCAAUGGGAUCAGUUCCGACGUGGGAGACGACGUCGUGUCAAAGCCGUUUCACUAUCGCCACCUGGGCAGUCUAGCGUACAUUGGGAAUGCGGCAGUAUUCGAUUAUCAAGGGUUAUCCCUGAUGGGAGGACUGGCUGCGAUGUAUGCGUGGCGAAGUAUCUAUUGGAGCGAACAAGUCUCGUCAAGAACUCGCGCUCUACUCAUGUUCGACUGGGUCAUUCGGGGAAUAUGGGGGCGAGAUCUCUCAAACAUUUAA